AUGAUGAGAUCAAAUGGUCAUAUCAUCCCGAUUAUAUUAAUUCUAACAGUUUAUUGUGCAAAACAACGUGAAUUGUCAGAAGUAUCACGUUUUAAUGCACGGAAAAAAGAAAAUGUUCGAUUUCCUCCACGGAAAAAUGAGAAUAUUCGAUCUAAUCCACGGAAAAAUGCGAAUGUUGGAUUUACUCCACAAAAAAAUGAGAAUAUUCGAUUUACCAAACGGAAAAAUAAAAAUGUAACGAUAGCGAUGACAUUGGCAAGCACGACGACAAUGUUAACAAUGAUGACGACAGCAAUAAACACUACGACAAUGUCAGCGAUGAUGACAGCAACGCGUACUGCGACAAUGUUGACGAUAAUGAAGACAGCGAUGGAUACCAGGACAAUGCCGAUGAAGGCAAUGACAACAAAUACCAUGAUUGGAAAUAUUUCACAGUAUAAUACAACAACACUAUCUUUACUAAGGCAAGUAAAUGGAAUGAAAUCGAAAUCCUCAUAUACUAAAGGAAAAACAACGCAAAUGAUUUUGAUUGUUGGUGCAAUUGCCGGUGCAAUAAUUUGUUUGAUCAUCUUCUCGCUUACAUUUUUCGGUGCUGUCUUUCCUUUAAAAUACCGUAAAUGA